ACACACCUUCAUGCUCAUAUCUGUCUUAAUUCACGUGUCAUUUACUCGAUCGCUGAUCAUCUACAGAGCAUCGACCGCUCGGACUCGAUUCGCUGUAGUUUGUCCCUCCGCGCUUUCCGUCCCGCCAGUUGACAGCUGGGAGCAGAGUACGAACUCCAUGUAUUAAUCUCGCAGAUUAAACUCUGGUGUUUUGUCGUCAUAAUGCACAGAUUAAAAGUCAUUUCGGGCCACUUGUCGUCCUCCGGUUCCCCGAGGUACACGCGGGAUGUACGGCGGACGGAGUGCGGCUCGGCGCCGGGCAGCAGCCCGCAGGACGUGGUGGUGGUUCACGGACGGAGGACCGCCAUCGGGAAAGCGAAGCGAGGGGCGUUCAAGGACACGACGCCUGACGAGCUGCUGAGCGCCGUGAUGCGCGCGGUGCUCGCGGACGUUGGCCUUCCUCCCGACCGGCUGGGAGACGUUUGUGUCGGUAACGUGCUGCAGCCCGGAGCCGGUGCUGUGAUGGCCAGGGUGGCUCACUUCCUCAGCGGGUUUCCGGACACGGUGCCGUGUUACACCGUCAACCGGCAAUGUUCCUCCGGCCUGCAGGCUGUGUUCAACAUCGCAGGAGCCAUCAGGAGCGGAUCCAUUGACCUCGGCCUCGCCUGUGGUGUGGAGAGCAUGUCUCUGGGUGAGAUGGGGAAUCCAGGAGAUUUGAGCUCCAGGCUGACAGAGGUCGACAGAGCCAGAGACUGCAUGAUCCCGAUGGGCAUCACCUCAGAGAACAUCGCAGAGAGAUUCGGGGUCUCCAGAGAAAAGCAGGACGCCUUCGCCGUCAGCUCGCAGCAAAAAGCGGCCCGUGCGCAGAGCUUGGGUCUGUUCGAGCGGGAGAUCGUUCCGGUCACCACGCGGGUCCAGGACGCCGAGGGCAGCGAGCGCGUGGUGACGGUCUCCAGGGACGAGGGGGUCCGGGCGGGGACGACUGUGGCGGGACUGAGCAAGCUGAGGCCGGCCUUCAAACCGGACGGCACCACCACGGCAGGUAACUCCAGCCAGGUGAGCGACGGGGCAGCGGCCGUGCUGAUUGGACGCCGGGCUGCGGUCGAGGCUCUGGGUCUGCCGGUCCUGGGAGUCCUGAGGGCCAGCGCGGUGGUGGGGGUCCCCCCGGACCUGAUGGGGAUCGGACCGGCGGUCGCCAUCCCUGCAGCUCUGGAGCAAGCGGGACUCACGGUGGCCGAUAUCGACGUGUUUGAAAUCAACGAGGCCUUCGCCAGCCAGGUGGUGUACUGCGUGGAGAAGCUGGGCAUCCCGCUGGAGAAGGUGAACCCCAACGGGGGCGCCAUCGCCCUGGGUCACCCACUGGGCUGCACCGGCGCCCGGCAGGUGGUCACGCUGCUCAACGAGCUGCGGCGCAGGGGCACGAGGGCGUACGGCGUCGUGUCCAUGUGCAUCGGCACCGGGAUGGGAGCGGCCGCUGUGUUCGAGUACCCCGGACCAUGAUCCUUUGCGGCUAAAGUGGGAGGAGUCACACAUCGCCGGUGAUCGGGACGCGAAAGAUCCAGACGUUGAAGACCAAUCACAACGGCGUCCGACUCUUUGAGUCUGCAGAGCUGCUCGAAAAGCAGAAUGAGGAUUUUCUCUUGUUUGCAUAAAGCAGGUCGAUUAAAAUAACGACACGUUAAUACUUAUAGAAGAUACGUUUAAAGUGCCUUUGAUUCCACGUGGCUGAUUUUUUACUGUGUUUUAAUUAUUAUUUAAAAGUAUAUGGAAAUUUAUUUGCAUGCAAAAAUCAGGAAAUAGUGAGAAAAUACGGAGUUAUUUUAUAAUAAAUACAUUGUGUUUUGUCAAAUCUAAAAAAGGACCAAUCUAAACUGUAAUUUUGAGAAGAUAUUAACUGUGAAAGCUGAAUGUUCAGUAAAUAUUUGACACAUUGAUAACAGCAGAAAUAUGAACUUUAUCAGCUUAAAUUAGUGACUCUGUUGUAAUACUCUUGUUACUUUUAAAUAACCGUAGAAUGUAAAAAAUGCACUGAACAAUUUUCAAGUGAAAAUAAAACAUUUCAACAUGA